AUGCUAUUCAGCUCAUCAAGCUCAACAUUGAGAAGUUUUUUCUCCUCCAAUGGCUCGAGCAAGUUGGACUACUCGAAAAAGAUUUGUGGCGAGUUCGACAAGCUCAACCUGAACAAGAAUGAGAUUCAGACUUCGAUCGAUGACAUGGUAUCAUGGAUCCAGAUACUGCUGGGCAAAGCCUCCCAGCCAAAGGAAUACUCUCAAUAUCAGCAUCGCAGGCUUGGACUUACCGCCUCCAUGCAUCCGAAAGUGCGAUGGGCAGUUCAAGGCAAGGCUCGACCAAGUGAAUCGGUGUCGGAACCUGUCCAUCUCACGGCCAAGCUGAGGGAGGUUGACUGUCGCCCUUCUAGCAAGCUUCCAAGCUCGCACCGCAGAACUGAGCAAUCCUGA